UUUUUUUUUUUUUUUUAAGGAGAGAGACUUUUUCCGCUGUCUCGCUGGCGGUUCCAGCCGGGUCCAGCGCCGCUGCAGGCGCCUCCUGCGAGGAAGGGAGAGGAAAAGAGAUAGGAGGGCGGGGGACGAGGAAGGAGAAGAAAAGGUAAAAAAGUCUCCGAGGAGAACCGUUCGGCGUUUGCAACAAAGAACUGGGGGGCUGGGGGCGCGCGGUUCCGGGGACCCAGGGCUGCGGGUCCCUGUGGAGCUGAGCAGCGGGGCUCGGGCGCCAGCCGUCCGCCUGCCCGCGCCUCUCCGCCUCCGAAGCCGACUUGCAGGGGCGGCUUUUUAAACACGCGAGACGCCAGGACAAGUCACCCCGCGACCAUGUCUCCCGAUCGCUCGCCUCGCCCCCUUUAAAAGCGGCAUCCUCCUCCCCCAAAGACACUAAGACACUGAACACCCUCUCUUCGAGGUGCUUUUGUUGUGAUUUUUUUCUCUUCUUUUUUGCCUAUUUUUUUUUUUAAAAAACACACAACAACUAUGUGCUGCUGUUAAUCAAAACAAAACAGCAGCUGCGGACUUGUCCCCGCCGGAGCCCAGCGCCCCGCCCGGAGUGGAGGAAGCUCUCCAUGAGAGAUCCGGUCAUCCCUGGGACAAGCAUGGCCUACCAUCCGUUCCUACCUCACCGGGCGCCGGACUUCGCCAUGAGCGCGGUGCUGGGCCACCAGCCCCCUUUCUUCCCCGCGCUGACUCUGCCUCCCAACGGCGCCGCGGCGCUCUCGCUGCCCGGCGCCCUGGCCAAGCCGAUCAUGGAUCAGUUGGUGGGGGCGGCCGAGACCGGCAUCCCUUUCUCGUCCCUGGGGCCCCAGGCGCAUCUGAGGCCUCUGAAGACCAUGGAGCCCGAGGAAGAGGUGGAGGACGACCCCAAGGUGCACCUCGAGGCCAAAGAACUUUGGGAUCAGUUCCACAAGCGGGGCACGGAGAUGGUCAUCACCAAGUCGGGAAGGCGAAUGUUCCCCCCCUUUAAAGUGAGGUGUUCUGGGCUGGAUAAAAAAGCCAAGUAUAUUUUGUUGAUGGACAUUAUCGCCGCCGAUGACUGUCGAUACAAAUUUCACAAUUCUCGGUGGAUGGUGGCGGGUAAGGCGGACCCUGAAAUGCCAAAGAGAAUGUACAUUCACCCGGACAGCCCGGCUACCGGGGAGCAGUGGAUGUCCAAAGUUGUCACUUUCCACAAACUGAAACUCACCAACAACAUUUCGGACAAGCAUGGAUUUACUUUGGCCUUCCCAAGCGAUCACGCAACGUGGCAGGGGAAUUAUAGUUUUGGUACUCAGACUAUACUCAACUCCAUGCACAAAUACCAGCCCCGAUUUCAUAUCGUGAGAGCCAAUGACAUCCUGAAACUUCCAUAUAGCACAUUUCGGACGUACUUGUUCCCAGAAACCGAAUUCAUCGCUGUGACAGCAUACCAGAAUGAUAAGAUAACCCAGUUAAAAAUAGACAACAACCCUUUCGCAAAAGGAUUCCGGGACACUGGGAAUGGCAGGAGAGAGAAAAGAAAACAGCUCACCCUCCAGUCCAUGAGGGUGUACGAGGACCGACACAAGAAGGACAACGGCACCUCUGACGAGUCCUCCAGCGAGCAGGCGGCCUUCAGCUGCUUCGCCCAGUCCUCCUCCCCGGCUGUGUCCACUGUUGGGACCUCCAACCUCAAAGAUCUGUGUCCCAGCGAGGGCGAGAGCGACGCCGAGGCCGAGAGCAAAGAGGAGCACGGCCCGGAGGCCUGCGACGCGGCCAAGAUCUCCACCACCACGUCGGAGGAGCCGAGCCGCGACAAGGGCAGCCCCGCGGCCAAGGCGCACCUCUUCGCGGCCGAGCCCGGCGGCCGGCCCCGGGACAGCGGGCGGCUGGACAAGGCGUCGCCCGACUCGCGCCACAGCCCGGCCACCAUCUCGUCCAGCACCCGCGGCCUGGGCGCCGAGGAGCGCCGGAGCCCGGGCCGCGAGGGCGCCGCCACGUCCAAGGCCGAGGAGGCGCGCGCGCUGCCGGCCAAGGAGGCCUUCGCGCCGCUCACGGUGCAGACGGACGCGGCCGCCGCGCACCUGGGCCAGGGCCCCCUGCCCGGCCUCGGCUUCGCCCCGGGCCUGGCGGGCCAGCAGUUCUUCAACGGACACCCGCUCUUCCUGCACCCCAGCCAGUUCGCCAUGGGGGGCGCGUUCUCCAGCAUGGCCGCGGGCAUGGGGCCCCUGCUGGCCACCGUGUCCGGGGCCUCCACCGGCGUGUCGGGCCUGGAUUCCACGGCCAUGGCCUCCGCCGCGGCGGCGCAGGGACUGUCGGGGGCGUCUGCCGCCACCCUGCCCUUCCACCUCCAGCAGCACGUCCUGGCCUCGCAGGGCCUGGCCAUGUCGCCCUUCGGAAGCCUGUUCCCUUACCCCUACACCUACAUGGCCGCCGCGGCCGCCGCCUCCUCCGCCGCGGCCUCCAGCUCCGUGCACCGCCACCCCUUCCUCAACCUGAACACCAUGCGCCCGCGCCUGCGCUACAGCCCCUACUCCAUCCCCGUGCCGGUCCCCGACAGCAGCAGCCUGCUCUCCACCGCGCUGCCGUCCAUGGCCGCGGCCGCGGGGCCCCUGGACGCCAAAGCCGCCGCGCUGGCCGCCAGCCCGGCCUCGGUGGCCGUGGACUCGGGCUCGGAACUCAACAGCCGCUCCUCCACGCUCUCCUCCAGCUCCGUGUCCUUGUCGCCCAAGCUCGGCCCCGAGAAAGAGGCGGCCACGAGCGAACUGCAGAGCAUCCAGCGGCUGGUCAGCGGCCUGGAGGCCAAGCCCGACAGGUCCCGCAGCGCGUCCCCGUAGGCCCCUCCCCAGCAGAGGCUCUUCAUUCCAGUCCCGUCCCGUCUGCAGUGCACUUUGUGGGAUGAAAACUACACCCCCCCCCGGGCGCGCGGUGGGGUGAGCCCGGCUCGGGGCGGUCCUGCCGGGGAGGGGUUGCCGGAUUCCCCGGAGAGAAUGUGCUAGAAACAAGCCCUGUCGCCCUGGCGUGGUGGGUGCACCCGGGACCUGGUGCAGGUUCUGGGGCUCGGAAACGUCUGUGGCACGGAGCCGCUGGGGGUGGGAGCUCAAGCGCGUCUGCCCAGAGCACCUCCAGGAGGCUGGCCUGGGAAGGAAAAGGUAGCCAGGCCCACGGGGUGGGGGGUGGGGGGGUGUUGAAAAGUGUCUCUCCCAGUGCAGAUUUAUAUAUAUAUAUUUUUUCCUUCACCGUGUCCAGUGGAAACAAAAACAAAUAAAAUUUAAAAAAAUAUAUACCGGGGGCAAAGGAGUACAUUGACAUGAUUCUGUUUGUGAAAGAUGAAAACUUUUUAGUGACUUGCGUAUCAGUUCUCAAUAAAGGACUAAGCAGCGUUGUUUCGGGGUGGGGGUGGGGAGCCCCUGCCCGCCUGGUUUAGUCUCUCUCAAGGUAAUCUGUGUCUUUUUAAUAUUGUGAUGUUUUAAGAGCCACUGUAGGCCUCUUCUUGCAUGUCCCACAGCGAUGUACUUGUGGUUUUUCCUUUUGAAUGCUUGCUUUUAGAGGGGAAAGAACAUGGUCCCACGCCCCUUCCCCAGCUCUCAGUUGGCGGCGGAUUUAAAGGGGAAGGGGUGGGGAAGACACACGAAAAAAAAAUGAGUUUAUUUUAUCUAAGCUCCGGAGCAGGAUUCCUGCCUGUCACUCUCUGGCGGUUCUUUCUCUUUCCUGUAUAUGCAAUAACAAGGUUUUAAAAAAAAAUAAUAAAGAAGAAGCGAGACUAUUAGCAAAGUAUUUAUGUAAUUAUUUGAUAACUCUUGUAAAUAGAUGGAAUAUGAAUGCUCGGAAAAUUAAACUUUAAUUUAUUGA